AUGCUGGAACGCUUGCAAGUUCAGGCCGUGUUCGACCAGCACUACCUCGAGGAGUGCUUGGACGUGUUCGGAGCGGUCGCCGACGAAGAGAACACCACCACCACGUACAAUAAUCCUGUAAUCGACAAGGUUCUCGAGGAGAGUGGCAUUGACGGCUUUCGGACCUUAACAAACUUCACGCCUGCCGAAUUCGACACUGUAUCGUUGAAGGCCCGCUCGUCCCUCGCUGGAUGGACGCACUACCAGCCCUGGGUGAAACAUGGUGUCGACUUUGGAAUAAAGGUGCCAACGCUGGAGAAGAUGAUUAUGCGUGUUAUUGACAUUGCCUCUCCUGUCCUCUAUGAUGCUCUUGUCACCAUGCUGUUCAUGGCGUUCCUCUGA